AUGAUCACAACAAAUCUUCUAUUCUCACCACAAUCUUGUACAAUAUUUAGAUUGAAAAAAGUAACCAUCACGAAAAUAACACGGGUCUCGUCCCGCCGUUUCCCUUUCGUCGGAAGAUGUCUAUCUCGGGCAAUCAGAGUGAAAUGGCGAACACUUCUCUCCCUCACGCCUACGCGACAUUCCCUAGACGCCACGUGUCAACCUACUCCUGCAAUGUAUCAACUCAAUGCCAAAACAUUAAACGAAAUUAACAUUAAUGGCUCAAGAAACAAGGUCUCUAAUUGCUCAAGUAGACGCUCAAAGAUGGGCUGCACAGCUGAGUGA